AUGAGGGUGCUCUGUGCCUUUCCUGAAGCCAUGCCCUCCAGCAACUCCCGCCCCCCCGCGUGCCUAGCCCCGGUGGCUCUCUUCUUGGCUCUGUUGCUCCAUCUCUCCCUUUCCUCCCAAGCUGGAGACAGGAGACCCUUGCCUGUAGACAGAGCUCCAGGUUUGAAGGAAAAGACCCUGAUUCUACUUGAUGUGAGCACCAAGAACCCAGUCAGAACAGUCAAUGAGAACUUCCUCUCUCUGCAGCUGGAUCCGUCCAUCAUUCAUGAUGGCUGGCUGGAUUUCUUAAGCUCCAAGCGUCUGGUGACCCUGGCCCGGGGACUUUCGCCCGCCUUUCUGCGCUUCGGGGGCAAAAGGACCGACUUCCUGCAGUUCCAGAAUCUGAGGAACCCGGCAAAAAGCCGUGGGGGCCCCGGCCCGGAUUACUAUCUCAAAAACUAUGAGGAUGACAUUGUUCGAAGUGAUGUUGCCUUGGAUAAACAGAAAGGCUGCAAGAUUGCCCAGCACCCUGAUGUUAUGCUGGAGCUCCAACGGGAGAAGGCAGCUCAGAUGCAUCUGGUUCUUCUAAAGGAGCAAUUCUCCAAUACUUACAGUAAUCUCGUAUUAACAGCCAGGUCUCUAGACAAACUUUAUAACUUUGCUGAUUGCUCUGGACUCCACCUGAUAUUUGCUCUAAAUGCACUGCGUCGUAAUCCCAAUAACUCCUGGAACAGUUCUAGUGCCCUGAGUCUGUUGAAGUACAGCGCCAGUAAAAAGUACAACAUUUCUUGGGAACUGGGUAAUGAGCCAAAUAACUAUCGGACCAUGCAUGGCCGGGCAGUAAAUGGCAGCCAGUUGGGAAAGGAUUACAUCCAGCUGAAGAGCCUGUUACAACCCAUCCGGAUUUACUCCAGAGCCAGCUUGUAUGGCCCUAAUAUUGGGCGGCCCAGGAAGAACGUCAUCACCCUCCUAGAUGGAUUCAUGAAGGUGGCAGGAAACACAGUGGAUGCAGUUACCUGGCAACAUUGCUACAUUGAUGGCCGGGUGGUCAAGGUGAUGGACUUCCUGAAAACUCGCCUGUUAGACACACUCUCUGACCAGAUUAGGAAAAUUCAGAAAGUGGUUAACACAUACACCCCAGGAAAGAAGAUUUGGCUUGAAGGUGUGGUGACCACCUCAGCUGGAGGCACAAACAAUCUGUCAGAUUCCUACGCUGCAGGAUUCUUAUGGUUGAACACUUUAGGAAUGCUGGCCAAUCAGGGCAUUGAUGUUGUGAUUCGGCAUUCAUUUUUUGACCAUGGAUACAAUCACCUCGUGGACCAGAAUUUUAACCCAUUACCAGACUACUGGCUCUCUCUCCUUUACAAGCGUCUGAUUGGCCCCAAAGUCUUGGCUGUGCAUGUGGCUGGGCUCCAGCGGAAGCCACGGCCAGGCCGAGUGCUCCGGGACAAACUAAGGAUUUAUGCUCACUGCACAAACCACCACAACCACAACUAUGUUCGAGGGUCCAUUACACUUUUUAUCAUCAACUUGCACCGAUCAAGAAAGAAAAUUAAACUGGCCGGGACUCUCAGGGACAAGCUUGUGCACCAGUACCUACUGCAGCCCUAUGGACAGGAGGGCCUGAAGUCCAAGUCAGUGCAGCUGAACGGCCAGCCCUUAGUGAUGGUGGACGAUGGGACCCUCCCAGAACUGAAGCCCCGCCCCCUGCGGGCCGGCCGGACAUUGGUCAUCCCUCCGGUGACCAUGGGCUUUUAUGUGGUCAAGAAUGUCAACGCUUUGGCCUGCCGCUACCGAUAAACCCCCUCACACUCACAAGUUGCCAGCAGGCCUGCUGGACUGCUUUCCACUCUUUCCUAAUGGUUUCAGUAUUUUUCAGGCAUCUUCUGAGCAACAAACCAGUCUCUGCCACCCCAUCCUGCUGGAGUCAACACUAACUUGCUCUCCAAAGAGACAAAUGCCCUAGCAUGAGCUUAGCCUAGGUAGGUCACUUCUACCCCAAAGGAAAAUGUAGACCUCAUAAGCGCAAAGGUAUGUGUGUAGAGCUGUGUGCACCCUUGUACAUGCAUCAUGAGAACAAGCUGACAGUGCACUUCCAGGACAAAUGAAAUAACUCUCCACAGUCCUGGUCACAUAGCAAAAUAACUACAGACCUUAGCCUGUGGCUGCUGCCCUCGGCAGAAGAUGAGGAAGGAAAAAAACCCCGUGGACAUUUGAGAGCCCAGUCCCCCCUAACUCCUUUCCUUUGUUUGUUGCCUGCUGUUGCCCUGGGUUUCGUAUCACCUCUCCUCCCAUAGGAGAGCAAGUGGGUGAGUCAGUGCUGGCCUGCUGGGUGAGCUGUUAAUGUAAUUUCCUGGCUGAUGUAUGAGUGUGUGCAUCUGGGUUUCUGACAGUGGCAUCAAUCACGAGCUAUUCCUCUGGGAAGCGGGUGCUUCAAAAGUAAAAUUGCAAUCAUA